AUGGCAAUGGAAGAAGGGAUUAAUUUGGCUCGUGACCUGGGUUUGUGGGAGGUAGAAAUAAAGAGUGAUGCACAGGUCGUAGUCAAUGCAAUCACUAAUGCAGUAUCGUGGCCAAGCUCUAUCUUGAAGGUGGUGGAAGGGAUAAAAUUGGGACUUGGUUCCUUUAAGCAUUGGCUAGUAAGCCAUAUUAGCAGACAUGAUAACUUUGCUGCGCAUAUUAUGGCUAGGGAAGCUAGAGGUAUUCAUGACUGUCAGAUUUGGGUGGAAGACACCCCCCCUGUAAUUGCUAUUCAAGUUCAGUUGGAUGUAAAUUGUGAGGACAAUUUAGAGAGAAAGAGAGAGAGAGAGAGAGAGAUGGAGGAGCAAGAUGUGGUGAUAGUGGGGGUAGGAAUAGCAAGUUUAGCAACGACAAUGGCCUUGAAGAGAGUUGGGGUUGGAGCAUUGGUAUUAGAGAAAUCAGAAGGGCUAAGAGCCACAGGUGGAGCCUUGGGUCUUCAACCAAAUGCUUGGCUUGCCCUUGAUGCCCUCGGCGUAUCUCACAAGCUCACCACCACUUAUGCCCCUUGCAAAAAGAGGAACGUAACAAAUGUUGACACCGGAGAAACUCAACAGGUCCCUUCCACCAAACCUGAUAAGAAUGGACAUGAACAUAGAAUAGUACAUCGUAAAGCCUUACUGGAAGCUCUGGCAGAGGAAUUGCCCAUGGAAACCGUCCGUUACUCUUCCAAGCUCAAGUCCGUUGUAAAUCAGGUAGAAGAAGGCUCAUCCUAUGCUAUCAUUCACAUGGAAAAUGGAGUUAGCAUCAAAGCAAAGGCUCUGAUAGGAUGUGAUGGGGUGCACUUUGUGGUGGCACAUUGGUUAAGACUCACCACUCCUGUUAAUUCAGGCCGAUGGGCCGUGCGUGGGUUGGCCAUAUUUCCUGAAGGCCAUGGGCUGAACCAUGAAGCACAACAAUUUGUAACUAUAGGCAAGAGGGCUGGCUUUAUUCCUCUCAAUGAUAAAGAGCUCUACUGGUUUCUCACAAAUCUCCCUAGCAAAUCCUCAAGAGGCGAGGAUAUCGCACAUGACCCUGAGCUAAUAAAAAUUAUUAGUAACUUUGCCAAGAACUUCCCCACAUCGUACUUGAGAAUUGUCCAGCAUUCAGAUCUUUCAACAGUGACAUGGGCUCCCCUGAUGUUUAGAUUUCCAUGGGACGUAAUAAUUGGAAACCUCAGCAAAGGGAAUAUCACAGUGGCUGGUGAUGCUAUGCAUCCCAUGACACCCGACCUAGGACAAGGAGGUUGCUCAGCAUUGGAAGAUGCUGUUGUUUUAGGCAGACACAUUGGGAACUUAAUCAUCAAGAACAAAAAGCUUGUGGCAGGAAAUCAAGUGGCUAAGGCCUUAGAAAGAUAUGUUAAGGAAAGGAAGUGGCGUGCUGCUGGGUUGAUCAUAGGGGUGGCAAAUGACUCAUAUCUAGCAGGUUGGGUGCAGCAAGAUGGAUCUGGAUGGUUCAUGAAAUUCUUAAGGGAUGCAAUAUUCUAUAGGCGUCUUUACGGUCUUUACGGUUUGAUAUUUGAUGGUAUAAAUUAUGAUUGUGGGAAGUUGCCAUGUGUUUCUUCAUCAAAUAGUGAAUUGGACAAUGACCCAAGAAAAAUUGACUAG